AUGGCCGAACAAGAGACGGUCGCAUUUCUCGGCCCAACGGCCUCCUACACGCACCAGGCGGCGCUUGACUCCUUCGACGAGUCCAAAUACACCUUCCAGCCUGUGGUCAACAUUGAGGAUGUCUUCUCCGUCGUCCAAGCCGGCACCGCGGACUACGGCGUCGUGCCCAUCGAGAAUUCCUCCAACGGCGCCGUCAUCUUCACGCUCGACCUCUUCGCCGACCUGAAGGACCGCUACCCGGACAUCCUCAUCUGCGGCGAAGCCUACGUCCGCAUCGAGCACUGCCUGCUCGGCUACGCCCCUUCUUCCCCCAAGGCCGCGGCGUUGUCGUCGGCGGCGGCCGCUCUCCUCCACGACUCGACGACCACGGGCUCGCCGGCCUCGUCGUCGGGCGUGGCGACUCCCACGCUGGACGCGCCGGCCCCGUCGAAGCCGCGCACGAAGCCGCUGGCGGACCUGAGCGGCAUCAAGAAGCUGUACUCGCACCCGCAGGCGUGGGGCCAGUGCAAGAACUUCCUCAACGCGCACCUGCGCGGCGUCGAGCGGCAGGACUGCUCGUCGACGUCGCGCGCGGCCGAGGAGGCGGCCAAGGACCGCACGGGCGCCAGCGCGGCCGUCAGCAGCGCGACGGCGGCGAAGCUGCACGGGCUGGAUUACCUAGCCAAGGGUAUCAACGACCGCGACGACAAUACUACGCGGUUCUUCGUGCUUAGGCGGCGCGUGGUGAGCGAGGCGGAGGAGGAAGGUGAGCCGGGGAAGGACGGGUUCUCGGCGUUCAGGCCGAGGGAUUGGGUGGACGGCCAGGGUGACGGCGAUGAGGCGGACAUGGAGGCGUGGAAGAGCUUGGUCGGCUUCACCGUCGAUCACAACGACCCCGGUGCCCUGGCGGACUCGCUGGCCGUGUUCAAGCCGUACAAGCUGAAUUUGACGAGCAUCAACACCCGGCCCAGCGGCGUGGAGAAGUGGAACUACAUCUUCUUCGUCGAGUUCCGCGGCCGGAGGUUGGCGGGCCGAGAGGGCGCUGUCAACGCGGCACUGAGGGACUUGGGAGGCGUGGCGAGAAAUUGGCGGUGGUUGGGCAGCUGGGAGAGCCAGUCGGCUACAUGA